AUGGUACGCCUACGAGAGAUUCCGCGCACGGCGGCGUUCGCCUGGUACCCUGGAGCAGAUUCUCCUCUGGUGGUGACUGGAACCAGAGCUGGAGCAGUGGAUGCGGAUUUCUCAGACGAAACGAAGCUGGAGCUUUGGGACCUGAGCUUGGAUAAUCUGGACCAAGGUGUUGAGCUCCAGCCUGUUGCCAGCAUCACUUCAGACUCACGUUUCCACGACAUUGCAUGGGCGCCUGCAAAUGCGGACCAUCCCAAGGGCAUAAUCGCCGGAGCUCUCGAGAAUGGAUCGUUGGUCUUAUGGGAUGCCGAGAAGCUUUUCAAGGGGUCUGAAGAUUCUUUCAUGUCACAGACGACAAAACAUAGUGGUGCUAUCAAAUCACUUCAGUUCAACCCCUUGAAGCCACAGAUUCUGGCAACUGCUGGCGCAAAGGGCGAGCUGUUCAUCUACGACAUCAACGAUAUCCAGAACCCCUUCAGAUUGGGCACGGCGGCAGCACGAUCUGACGACCUCGAGUGCAUAGCAUGGAACAGAAAGGUUUCCCACAUUCUGGCAACAGGUGGAAGUGGCGGAUUCGUGACGGUUUGGGACUUGAAGACGAGAAAGGCAUCUCUCACGCUGAACAACAACCGAAAGGCAGUGGCAGCUAUCGCCUGGGACCCCAAUAAUGCUACAAAGCUGCUCACCGCUACACCUGACGAUGCAGCCCCUGUCAUACUCUUAUGGGAUCUGCGAAAUUCGAAUGCCCCCGAACGCACACUGCAAGGCCACGACCAAGGAAUCCUCUCUCUUUCGUGGUGUCAACAAGAUAGUGACCUGUUACUGUCUUGCGGAAAGGACAACAAGACAAUUGUUUGGAACCCUCAAACCGGGGAACGCCUAGGUGAAUUUCCGGAAGUCACCAACUGGACAUUCCAGACCAGAUUUAACCCUCACAACCCGGCUCUCUCCGCUACAGCCUCUUUUGAUGGCAAGAUCUCCAUUCAAACGCUACAAAAUACCAACCCUGUAGACACGCAAACCCCAGUCCAGGGCUCCGAUCCAGAGGAUUUUUUUACCAAGGCCCAGACUCAGCCCCAAGGAGCUUCCUUCUCUUUGAUCAGAGCCCCGAAAUGGCUCGAGAGGCCAGCGGGUGCCUCAUUUGGUUUCGGUGGAAAGCUGAUUAGCUUUGGCUUAUUGCCAACCGUGGCCGGACAACAUAGAUCAUCCAAGAUUCAGAUUUCGAACUUCUCUGCGGACUCUGAUGUUGGAACAGCUACACAAGCAUUCGAGACUGCUCUUGUAGCAGGUGAUGUUAACAGCAUUUGUGAAUCUCACAUUUCCAAUGCCAAGACUGAAGAAGAGAAGGCGGAUUGGAAAGUGAUCGAGAAACUGAUUUCAGAGAAUCCUCGAAAGGGAGUCACGGAAUACCUAGGAUUUUCAAACGAGGUCGAAGAAGCAACGAACGGUGUCGAAGAUCUUCAAUUGGACGGCCCUCAGCCCGAGGACGCUGGAGAAGGAAUUAAUGGCACAGCGGUAAACAACAGUAGAUUAUCUACCCUCUUCGCUGACGGUGCUGAGGGAGAAGACUUCUUGUCUAGCAUUGCGGCCACCAAGGGUGCCAAGACCGAUAAUCCGUUCCACCUGUUUGCCGACUCGGACUCUGCUUCUGAGAAGCAAAUCACUAAAGCGUUGAUGUUGGGUCAAUUUGAAAAGGCUAUGAUUAUCUGCCUGAAGGAAGACAAGAUCGCGGAUGCUCUGAUUAUAGCAAACUGCGGUGGUAAGGAGCUUCUAGAAAAGGCACAGACAACUUAUCUAUCCCGGAAAACAGCUGGACCUAACUAUCUCCGUCUUUUAACCUCGGUUAUCGGGAAAAACCUGUGGGAUGUUGUCUACAAUGCGGAUCUGGCCAACUGGAAAGAGACCAUGGCAACAUUGUGCACAUACGCGGAUCCAAAUGAGUUUCCAGAUUUGUGUGAAGCCUUGGGCGACCGGAUUAUAGAGACGGGCUCUCCCAAAGACGCAUCCUUCUGCUAUCUUGUUGGAUCGAAACUGGAGAAGGUCAUCGGUAUUUGGAUCACAGAUCUGCAAGAGGCUGAGAAGGCUGCCAUCGCUGAUCCCAGUGGAGAUUCGUCGUUCUCUAUCCAUGCCCGUACUCUUCAGAACUUCAUCGAGAAGGUGACAGUCUUCCGGGAUGUCACAAAGUUUGAAGAUUCAGAGCAGGGCUUGACUUCGGACUGGAAACUCGCUCCUCUGUAUGAAAAGUAUACGGAGUACGCCGACAUUGUUGCAGCACAUGGACACCUGUCAAUCGCCGAGAGAUACCUUUCACUUCUGCCUACACAGUACCCUGCUGCAGAGGUUGCUCGUAACCGGGUUCAGCUUGCGUCGAGAAAGAUUACUCCAGGGGCAGCGGUGAAGGCAGCUCAGCCAUCUCAAAACACACGAGCCCAGGCACGACCUCAGCAAGGCUACCAGCCACUGAGCACUCCUGCUACCGCACCCGCUCGACCAGCUCCAAAUGCAUUUGCACCGCCUACGGCCGCACCUGCGGCGAACCCAUAUGCUCCUCCAACAAGCAACUAUGGUCCUCAGUCAGGCUACCAACCGCCUCAACAAGCGGGAGGGUAUGGAGGAUACAACCCUGGUAACAGUGGAUAUGGAGCUGUCCCUGCCCCCAACUAUGGAGCGCCGGCACCAACCUUCGGGGCACCUCCACCAGCCUUUGGUGCACCACCGCCAAGAAACAUCACACCAUCUGCUGGUCCUCCUCCUGCCUCCCAGCGAAAGAACAUGGAGCAAUGGAACGACACUCCGAUGGUUACCAAAGUCGCCCCUGCAAGAAGAAGCACUCCUUCAGUGGCCCCUAUCAAUUCCUCAUUCCCCAAUCAACAGGCCGCUUCAAUGCCCCCUCCAGCUGCUCAGUAUGGAUCGAGGGCGACACCAACCCCACCCCCACCACCGCCAAAGGGCCCGGCUCCUCCUCGGGUGAGCUCUCCAUUGACACCUGGUUACCCACACGCCCUUCAACAACCUGGCCGGCCUUCUUCUGCGGCAAACCAAUAUGCCCCCCAGCAGGCAAACUCUCCGGCCCAGCCAUUCUCCCACCCUGCUCCACCCCCUACGAUUUCCCAUGGCCCAUCUCCGUAUAAUGCAGCACCACCUGGACCUCCCCCUUCCAACAGAUAUGCUCCUGCCCCUGCAGCGCAACAGUACUCUCAGCCGCCGGCACCUCAAUCUCAAAUGGCUCCACCCCCUCAAGGUGGAAACCGACCCCCGCCUCCAUCAAACCCAUACGCACCAGUCGGAAAUUCGCCCCAAAACCAGUAUCCGCCGACUCAACCUCUCCAGCAACUUAGCCAGGGACCUCCUCCACCUUCGGCCGGACCACCUCAAGGCUCUCGUCCACCUACUGGCCCUCCCACUUCCGCCGCGACCCCUCCCCCUGCAAAGGCCAAGCACCCUGCUGGUGACCGCUCUCAUAUUCCAUCCAACGCUCAAAGGAUGGUAGAGGUUUUCAGCACUGAUAUGCAACGAGUUGCCUCCAAGGCUCCUGCUUCGUUUGCUGCUCAAGUCAAGGACACUCAAAAGAGACUGAACAUUCUCUUUGAUCACUUGAACAACGAGGAGCUCAUCAAGCCUGAUACUAUUCAAAGACUCAGCGAGCUUGCUGAGGCGCUUCAAGCGAGGAACUACGAAGUUGCGGCGAAGCUGCAGGUUGAUAUUCAGCGUGAAAAGACUGAGGAGUGUGGUAAUUGGAUGGUUGGUGUGAAGAGGCUCGUGAGCAUGAGCAAGGUUACUCCUUAG